AGCCUCGAAGUAUUGUGAGUAAAGACGAGGAUUUCUCCUCCUAUCCUGGGCCUGUCAUGGAUGAAGAGACUCAGCACAGCCUUGAAUGCAUCCAGGCUAAUCAGAUUUUUCCCAGGAAGCAGCUGAUCCGAGAGGAUGAGAACCUUCAGGUCCCGUUCAUCGAGCUUCAUGGUGAGAGUACGGAGUAUGUAGGACGAGCAGAGGAUGCCAUCAUUGCGCUUUCUAAUUACAGGCUUCACAUCAAAUUCAAGGAGUCUGUUGUGAAUGUUCCAUUGCAGCUUAUAGAAAGUGUUGAGUGCCGUGAUAUAUUUCAACUUCAUUUGACUUGCAAAGACUGCAAGGUUAUAAGGUGUCAGUUUUCUACUUUUGAGCAGUGUCAAGAUUGGCUUAAGCGACUGAACAAUGCCAUCCGUCCUCCUUCGAAGAUAGAAGACCUUUUCUCAUUUGCCUAUCACGCUUGGUGCAUGGAGGUGUAUGCUAGUGAAAAGGAACAGCACGGGGAUUUGUGUCGGCCAGGAGAACAUGUAACUUCAAGGUUUAAAAAUGAAGUGGAGCGGAUGGGUUUUGAUAUGAACAAUGCCUGGAGGAUUUCCAACAUCAAUGAGAAGUACAAGCUCUGUGGUAGUUACCCCCAGGAAAUCAUAGUUCCCGCCUGGAUCACGGAUAAAGAGCUAGAGAGUGUGGCAAGCUUUCGGUCCUGGAAGCGUAUCCCUGCUGUUGUGUACAGGCACCAGAGCAAUGGAGCAGUUAUUUCCCGCUGUGGACAGCCCGAGGUCAGUUGGUGGGGCUGGAGGAAUGCAGAUGAUGAACACCUUGUCCAGUCUGUAGCCAAAGCCUGUGCCUCAGACUCGAGGUCCAACAGUAACAAAUUAAUAAAUGGAAAUUGUUCCAGAGAUUUCUCCAAUGGAGGGGACCUCUCUGAUGUUGAAUUUGAUUCCUCAAUCUCUAAUGCUUCAGGAGCAGAGAGUUUGGCAAUACAGCCUCAGAAGCUUUUGAUCUUAGACGCACGAUCUUACGCAGCAGCUGUGGCGAACAGAGCCAAAGGUGGAGGCUGUGAGUGCCCAGAAUAUUAUCCAAACUGUGAAGUGGUGUUCAUGGGGAUGGCAAACAUUCAUUCUAUCCGGAAGAGCUUUCAGUCGUUGCGUUUGCUCUGCACACAAAUGCCAGAUCCAGGAAAUUGGUUAUCAGCUCUGGAAAGUACGAAAUGGCUGCAGCACUUAUCUGUGCUUCUGAAAUCUGCGCUACUCGUAGUUCAUGCCGUGGACCGAGACCAGCGACCAGUCUUGGUGCACUGCUCAGACGGCUGGGACCGAACCCCCCAGAUAGUGGCGCUGGCCAAACUGCUUCUAGAUCCGUAUUACAGGACCACAGAGGGUUUCCAGGUGCUAGUGGAGACGGAGUGGCUGGAUUUUGGCCACAAGUUUGCAGAUCGCUGUGGCCAUGGUGAGAAUUCGGAUGACCUAAAUGAGCGCUGCCCAGUGUUUUUACAGUGGCUGGACUGCGUCCAUCAGCUCCAGAGGCAGUUCCCUUGCUCUUUCGAGUUUAACGAAGCAUUCCUUGUCAAAUUGGUGCAGCACACCUACUCUUGCCUCUUUGGUACAUUCCUGUGCAACAAUGCGAAAGAGAGAGGAGAAAAACACACUCAGGAACGGACCUGUUCUGUCUGGUCUUUGCUGCGGGCAGCAAACAAAGCCUUCAAAAACCUGCUCUACUCCUCCCAGUCCGAAUCUGUGCUGUAUCCAGUGUGCCAUGUGCGUAAUUUAAUGCUCUGGAGUGCUGUUUACCUGCCGUGCUCUUCCCCCUCUACACCCGCUGAUGACACGUGUGCCCCAUACCCUGCUCCAGGCUCUAGCCCUGAAGAUCAGCCUCUGGGCAGGUUACCAAAGACAAGAUCAUUUGACAAUCUGACAACAGCCUGUGAUAGCAGCGUGCCUACGACCAAUCGACGUAGUAGCGACCCCAGCCUCAAUGAAAAGUGGCAAGAGCACCGUCGGUCUCUGGAGCUGAGCAGCCUGGGUAACCCUGGGGAUGAUCCCUUUGAUGGAGACAGCCUGAGUAAACAAGGCAGGGCUCCAGUUGGAGCAGAACUCUCUGUUGCAGCUGGUGUGGCAGAGGGACAGAUGGAGAACAUUUUGCAAGAGGCCACUAAAGAUGACGUUGGUCUGGAGGAGCACGUAAGGGGUAGCCUAGAGAUAGUAGGUAAAGGGGAUGAGAUUGCCCUGGAUAAGGAGAAGAGAACUGAAAAUCUACAUGGGUAUGUCAGUGACCUCUGUGAGAAGGCUGAGGCGGAUAAAGGUAUCGUAGUGAACAAUCCAGCACCAGUUUCACAAGGUGCUUCUGAGCUCAAAGGACAACAGGAUGAGCAUGCUGAUCUCAGUAACACUAUCCAGAAGUUACCUCAGGUGAAAGGACUACAGACUGUUCCUUUGGAGGGCUUUGUAAAUAGAGAUGCUCAAAAGAAUACGGAGGAAGAAGGCGUUAGCAAACUUGAAGGAGAAGCAGAGAGCCUGUACAAUACAGCGCAGGCCGGCCUUCCGUUACCUCUUACAAUCCCGCACGAGGCAAGAACAUCCAACAUUGAAAGUUCUACGGAAACCUUAACAGAGAAUGAAGCGAAGCAAGAGCUCGUUCCUAAGGGUCCUUGCCAUAGACCUCACCUCAUCAACAACAGUGCUGACGAACUUUCGCGAACUAUUGAAAAUAGGCCAGAGGGGGAGGGCGUGCUAGAACUGCAGAAACUGGGAACAAAAGUACAUAGGACUUCUGGUAGCAGCAACACACACAUCCUGAUGCCUUCCCCUUGUGCCUUGCCUUUAGCUGAAUGUAAAGACGAGAUUGUGUGUAAUGGAGAGCUGGAGCCUGAGAACAAGAUGACGGAGAAGCCUGCGGGGUUUAGUAUCGCCCAGAAAUACCACGUGACAAACGGACACUGUGUGAAUGGAGAGGACGGUCGGAUCAAAGCCUCUCUGAGUCGGCAGGUCUCCACAGCUAGCUGUAGUUCUGCCCAGUUUCACUUGAGGAACUUGCACCAAAAAUGGAUGUUUAGUCAUCUUGGUAAGCAGCAGGCAGCCAGCAGCCCAGACCAACCUGCCAGAAGUCACCUGGACGACGAUGGGAUGCCUGUCUACACUGAUGUUGUCCAGCAGCGCCUGCGCCAGAUAGAAUCUGGCCAUCAGCAAGAAGUGGAGACCUUGAAGAAACAAGUGCAAGAGUUGAAGAGCCGGUUGGAGAGCCAGUUCCUGAAUAGCUCCUUUCGUCUCAAUGGUGAUUAUGGAGACGAAGUGACUUCUAUACCCGACUCGGAAAGCAAUCUGGAUCAGAACUGCUUGUCUCGCUGCAGCACAGAGAUUUUCUCUGAAGCCAGCUGGGAACAGGUGGAUAAACAGGACACAGAGGUGACGCGAUGGCUUCCAGACCACCUCGCUGCACACUGCUAUGGCUGUGACAGUACAUUCUGGCUUGCCAGUAGGAAGCACCACUGCCGGGACAUUGAACGUGUUGAUCGAAUCUGGAAUUGUGGAAAUGUGUUCUGCUCCAGUUGCUGUAACCAGAAGGUGCCCGUUCCUAGUCAGCAGCUCUUUGAACCCAGCAGAGUCUGCAAAUCGUGCUACAGCAGCUUGCACCCAAGCAGUUCCAGCCUUGAUCUCGAACUGGAUAAACCCAUCACUGCCACGUCAAAUUAAAGUUCCAGCCUCGAAGCAGCGGGGGAGCAGCCGUGCCGACUCUUCCCCAACAGACACGCAGAUUCUCGGUGGGCUGAGGCUGGGAGGACGCGGGAGCCGUGCACUUUGGAGGUUGGGGUGUGGAACGCUGCUCGGCAGGACAGACCUCGAGGACGUACCGCUGGAUUGUGGGAUUCUCCUUUUCCAGCUAUUCCCCCUUUCCUUUCUGUCCUAGCUGUGUGUAUGUGUUUGCGUGUGUGUGUGUGUGUGUAUAUAUAGUAAUAUAUAUGUUUGUUUGUUUGCUGGAAGAUUGUGGAAGUGGGAAGGGAGCUGGCGCCAGAACCAGGUUUCCCUUUUGUAUUUAACUGUCCCACUGCUGAACUGUGGCAGACGGACGAUGUUGUGGAGGAAAGGAGAAGAGGGGAAUCGGUGCAGCCAGUGUGCAAAGCGUGAAUACCUGUAGCGUCAGUGCUAGUGCUUUCAAUCACUCCUGUUACUUCCAAACAAGAAACUGCUGUUUGGGAACCUGUUGCUGCUAGAAGAAAUGGGAAUCUCUUUCCCAAGAGAGCACUCUCCCUCUCUGUUGUUAGAGUGGGCUUAGUUACCCUCGCUGCGUGAAGGGGGAAUCAAUCCCAGCUUUCCGUACUCAGCGGCUCUGUACUUGCACACACAAUCAACGUGUUUUCUUGCCAUCAGCCCUGCCGCUGCGGCUCGGAGUGGAAAGACCCGGACAACGCUGGCUAAGGGAAGCGCGUGCUUGUUUGCGAGAGGUGAGACGGGGACUGAAGGGGCUGCCGAGCUGAGACGGGUUUUACACUGGCGCCUCUCUCUGAAGUUCUGUAAAUGCAAGUCAAUAUUUAAAACCGAGCGGGAAAGUAGAAGACCUUCGACUUCUCUCCUUGCCCCAUCUGUCGGAUGGUUUACUCGAUGCGAAGCUACUUUUGGAGCAGUGCGCUUGUCAUGGUUCAUACCAACAGGCCGUCGUGCCGUUGUUCAGACUCGCACUUUAAUGGGACUGUCCAAACCAACGAAAGAGCAACUGUGAUACGCUGGUGGUUUCGCUGGGCUCGGUCCGUGAGGAGAGCGCUGGUGCUUGUAAUACUCCUGGGAUGUCUCCUCCUUUUUCAGUCUGUAUUCGGUAUACUCCAGAUAGGAAAAACCUGCCUGAGGAUUUUAUAAAGACCUGAAAUACAUCAUGGAUUCCCCUUCUUCCUUCUGUCCCAAUCCGAGUUGCUUUUAAAAUCACCUCAUUUAAAGUGUGAAUCUAUUGAGUAUAUGUUUUUAAAUGAGUGUUAGGUACUCAGCCCCUUUUCCUUUUGAUAGAGCCUGCUUAGUGCAAUUUGGCAAGGAAGAAACGUAGAUCCUGCUUCACAGUGUAUUGCCUAGACAAAGUUCCAACUUUCUUGUGAUAUUCUCAAGAAUCCUGCUGGAGUAUUUGAGAGUUCUAGAUACAAAAGCUCAAAAUCUAAGAAACCUUGGGAAAGGAGUGCUUCCCUUCCCUGGAAUGUCAGAAUCACCCCAUCCAAAGCGAGUAUCACACAGAGAAAAACCAUCUCGGAAUAUUUGUUAGGCCUGAUGGGGAAACGUCAAGGUAUUUUAUUUUUGACUUUGAACUUCCCACGCCCUUUGCAAGGAUUGUCACGCUGCUGCGGCGUAAGCUGAAGAUUCACAAGACAAAAAAGAAUGUCCAGGAGGCUGGUUUAUAGCAGCCCGUGUCCUUACGGGCAGGGGCUCUGGUAACGAAGCGUAACGAAGGAUCUCCCCUGGGACGGGUUUUGAGAUGUUUUUCAAACCAUCAGGAGGGAAAAGCAAAGCUAAAGAUGGGUUCCCCGGCCGAGUUGUAUCUAGAAGCGUUUGUUCCUAAACCAGGGCGGCGAAUAUCUGGAACAGAACUGUAGGCAUUGCUGUUCCGUGUAAAGCAGAGACAGCUGGAGCAGGAAGAGGAGAACGGCUCCCGUCUCUGGCUCUUCCACGGAGGGGGCGGCGAGAGGUUUGACCUGAGGGGACACGGUGUAGUUCUGCACACUAACGUUGUGUGGGUUUGUGGUGCAAAUAGGCAGUCAAAAAUAAGUCUAAGAUUCUGCAGUUCCUAAUGACAGGUGCCAAGAGGUUAUGAUACGGGUUUUGGGGGUCUGUGAUGUACAGUGUGAAUAAAUGCUUGCAGCUCUUAGUCUUUUUUUGAUCGAUGAAGCACUUUUUUUAUUAAUAUUAUUUUUCUUUGUAUGUAAAGGAGGAACCAGUAUCUCUCCAUAGCUGUAUAUAUAACCGUUCUCUCCUGAAGAGUAAAGUGCUCCUAUAUUUUUCAUUUUUGUCAAAGCGAGAAGUAAAUACUUUAGAAUUGUUAAAUAUAUAAAUAAAAGUGAAUAAAGUUUAGACUUUUGCAUGGGAGCAUUUGCUAACACACUUUCUAAUUUUUUAUUUUUCUUUCCUGCCCUUCGUAGGGGAUAUAUUUGAGGUUCAGCAGAAACACCAAGGCCUUUGAAAAAGGAGGCUGCAGCAGGCCUCCUCUUGCUUUCUUUUCCACUGUGUGUCUUUGCAAGGAACAACAAACUGUUGCUCCUAAACUUAGAAGAAGAAAAUAUUAAGCUUGGUUUUCCUGGCGCAGGAGUCCCAGGGAGGGGGAAAAGACACAAACCACCUGCACCGCCAGGUAGUCAGUACAAUCAGCACGGUUUUCUGAGGCUGGAGAACUGUGCGAGAGUCUCAUCUUCCUCGGUACCUCCUUUUUCUUUUUCCCCUUAACCGACCAUCAUAUUUCAAAGCGGUGAUCCGAUGACGUUAGCCCAAAUGUAGGAGCAGCCCAGCUCUCCAGGGAAUUCACCCUGCUUUCAGUGACGUUUGGAAAAGGAAGCUCGACGUCUCCCUUCCCCUGCAGCGAGCGAACGCCGGCACUCGCCGCGGUGGCAGCGUGGCGGGGAGAUCGGAGCUCGGUUCUCAUUUGCACGCUUUCUGCCUUACUCUCAGUGCUGGAUGGUGGAGCCGUGGCUCUUUGGGAACAAACCAAACUCGCUCAGGUUUAAGGUCUUUUAAUCUUUUCCCAGAAGGUGGAAAACUCAGCUGCUGUUUGUCCUGCAGAAGCCUCCUGCACAAGGGUCUGAUUAUUCUCGUUUUCCUAGGACUGCUUGCUCGUUUCAGGUGCUUGGCUGCAUGCGCUCCUGUCACAUAAGCUCAUUCUCCGUCAGUUAUUUCUUUUCUUACGUAUUUGAAGUCGAGAGAGAGGAUUUGCCCUGAAUUCUCGGGGGGACUGAAGAGCUCCUUGAGCAGCUGUGAGUUAUUUUGGGACAGGCCUGUUCUAAUCACAAGACGUCGUGCACAAUUGCUUUAUAAUCUCAUAGUAUUUAAUCGAAUAAAACUGCAGAUUCUGGGCAGAGCUGUGAUCACAGCUGGUGGUAGUAUCUACAGCUUCAAGAAUAAAAAAGCAAAGCAUAUAUAAUGUUUUGCACUAUUAAGAAACAUGCAAAGGAACAGCAGGUUUUCAAUUAUACACCAGAAUUUGAUUUUUAUAUAGCUUCUCUCAUACUUGAGUUACUUCUAAGUGCUUUUUCAGGAACUCAUUACUCUGUAGUGCGGCAGCUGUAGACGUUACGUGCACACCAGUACUCCCAGCCCCGGACACCGCACCGCUUGGAUGUUCUCCGCUUCGGAAACGCUGAGCGAAACCCCGCGGGUCUCCUCUGCCGCUCUCGGAGGGAGUCGAGAGAACUUUUUAACUUCCACAUAGUGUGAAGCCGUUAUUGUGCAGAAGGGCUCCGCGUCAGGGGCAGCAAUGGCCUGGCAGCUCUGCUGGAGGAGCACACAGCUGACAUUGUGUGGAAGCUCGUUUCCCAGUAAUCAAUUCUUCCUAACGAACGGCCCUUCCUCUUCUUUUGUUACAGCUCUCAAACAGCACGAGAGCCUGAAAGGAGAGCAGCGCUACUAUCGCACUAUGCAGCUUUAGUGCUGUCUUACAUGCUGUAAGACAAUCUCCUGAUGCAAAGGCGAUGCGUACGGCUUAUCGGGAGCCUUGAAAACAGUGUUAGUGGCUGAGGAACAAGACAAUCUUUGAGAACUGAAGGCCCCUCUCGUCCCCAGGUAGGCCAGCAGCAAGCCCAGCCUCUCCUCGCCGGCGGAGGCGGCCCAGGAGUCGUUCAGCAGCAGGGAUCUUGCAGGCUGGGCAGCAGUUAGUUGAUCACAGCUUAAUUGUAUGGGUGAGGUAUGGUGGCGGCAGCGUGUAGGACGGCAAACCACAGGCUCUUUGGUGGUGAAGGGGAAGGUGGUGUCAGGAACCACUCCGCUAGCCAGGAAAGGCUGCCGGUGCGGGACGGAGCCCGCACUGGGAGAGGCUUUGAGCUGUUGGAGGCUGCAGAGGGCAGGAGCCACGUGCAGGGAAGCUGAGCAGAUUCAGAGCUCGUUUAACAGACGGAGGUGUGCAGAUGUUUUACGGUUAGUCUGUAAUUGUCCUCCUAAUAGAUCCUGAACUACUCGGUGCAAGGUUUUUAGAAAACUGUGUCUAGAGUCAGUUAGAAGAUGGCGUUUUACUGGGCUGUGCUGGAAGGGGAUGCUCGGGCAGUGCUGAGUGAAGGCCAGCUCGCUGACACUCGCUCAGGUGCAGGAUCCGGAUCAGGUUUUACGUAGUCCUUAGAGCUGCCCUCGGCUAGAUUCCAUCGCUGGCACCGCUCCGAACUGGCUCGUGAGUUCCGUGGAAUUGCCUUUCUUGGUUAAGAAGCAAAAGCAGCAACGUGGGCUCUCUUUUAAGUCGUGAGGAAGGGGAGCGAUGCAGCCUCUGCUCGUGCAGCGCCCGCACGGCGGUGCAGUCUGCGCUGCCGGGCACUGCCUUUGCUCCUGGUGGUGGUUUCUCCGAAGGACAGCGCAGGGAUCCUCCUGGGGCAGCUCAGUGCCUUCACAGACAGCCGUGCUGCUGGAGGAGCAGGGCAGGGCUGAGGAGGCAGCCCAGACCAAGCCCAGGCAGCGAGAAGUUUCUUUUCUAACAGUUCAGCUCGGUUUUUUUGUUAAAGAGGGAAUCCACCAGCACUAGAGCAAGGAUGCGGAGAGAGGAACGUAACCUUUUAAUACAGCCACGUCCGUACAAGCGUUUGUCUGUCUUACUGUCCCUAUGCCAUAGAGACAUGCCAUUUCCUGGGCAGAGGAAUAACAAAUUCCCAUCCCUUCAUUUUCCACACAGAAUACAGGCAUUGGAGCUCGGAUCGUUGCAUUUCGGGAUUUAAGAUUACCAUAUUCUUCGGACUUUCAAAUUUUUUAAAUGCUGCUAAAGUUUUAUCUUACUAUUUAACAAAUAUGUUUUUUAAACCGAUUUCCCAUAGUUAUGUUAUUAAAUGAUUUUUACCUUGCAGUGGCAACAGGUGAUGCAUUUGAUUGUACAUUUUUUUUUUUGUGGAAUUUGUAUUAAAAUGAUAUCUGAUUCUUGAUUAUUUACUUCAAGAACAUUUAAAUGUUUUAAAACAUGCAAACCUAUGAGAGCAGAGAGCUGUUUAGCAGCCGUAUAAAGUGUUAGACCCUAGUGCUUAUUUGUUUGUAACAGCAUUUAUUCUGCUGUAGCCUCAGAGUGAACAUUUAGAUCUUAAUAAAUUUGUCAUUUUCCUACACAGUGACGA